AGCGAAUGUAGCCCGCGAGAGAAAAUGGCGGCGGCGGCGGGCGAUCGCGCCUCGUCGUCGGGAUUCCCGGGCGCCGCGGCGGCGAGUCCCGAGGCGGGCGGCGGCGGCGGAGGAGGAGGAGCUCUCCAGGGAAGCGGCGCGCCCGCAGCGGGCGCGGCGGGGCUGCUGCGGGAGCCUGGCAGCGCGGGCCGCGAGCGCGCGGACUGGCGGCGGCGGCAGCUGCGCAAAGUGCGGAGUGUGGAGCUGGACCAGCUGCCGGAGCAGCCGCUCUUCCUCGCCGCCGCCUCGCCGCCCUGCCCAUCUACUUCCCCGUCGCCGGAGCCCGCGGACGCGGCUGCAGGAGCGAGUCGCUUCCAGCCCGCGGCGGGACCGCCACCCCCGGGAGCGGCGAGUCGCUGCGGCUCCCACUCUGCCGAGCUGGCGGCCGCGCGGGACAGCGGCGCCCGGAGCCCCGCGGGGGCCGAGCCGCCCUCUGCAGCGGCCCCCUCCGGUCGAGAGAUGGAGAAUAAAGAAACCCUCAAAGGACUGCACAAGAUGGAGGAUCGCCCGGAGGAGAGAAUGAUCCGGGAGAAGCUCAAGGCGACCUGUAUGCCCGCCUGGAAGCACGAGUGGUUGGAGAGGAGGAACAGGAGAGGCCCUGUGGUGGUGAAGCCAAUCCCUAUUAAAGGAGAUGGAUCUGAAAUGAAUAACUUGGCAGCUGAGCCCCAAGGAGAGGGCCAGGCAGGUUCCGCUGCACCAGCCCCCAAGGGCCGACGAAGCCCAUCUCCUGGCAGCUCUCCGUCAGGGCGCUCGGUGAAGCCGGAAUCCCCAGGAGUGAGACGGAAACGAGUGUCCCCGGUGCCUUUCCAGAGUGGCAGAAUCACACCACCCCGAAGAGCCCCGUCACCGGAUGGCUUCUCCCCGUACAGCCCAGAGGAGACGAGCCGCCGCGUGAACAAAGUGAUGAGAGCCAGGCUGUACCUGCUGCAGCAGAUAGGACCCAACUCUUUCCUGAUUGGAGGAGACAGUCCAGACAAUAAAUACCGGGUGUUUAUUGGGCCACAGAACUGCAGCUGUGGGCGUGGAGCAUUCUGUAUUCACCUCUUGUUUGUCAUGCUCCGGGUGUUUCAGCUAGAACCCUCUGACCCCAUGUUAUGGAGAAAAACUUUAAAAAAUUUCGAGGUUGAGAGUUUGUUCCAGAAAUACCACAGUAGGCGUAGCUCGAGAAUCAAAGCUCCAUCCCGGAACACCAUCCAGAAGUUUGUGUCACGCAUGUCAAAUUGUCACACACUGUCAUCGUCUAGCACAUCCACAUCUAGUUCAGAAAACAGCAUCAAGGAUGAAGAGGAGCAGAUGUGUCCCAUCUGCUUGCUGGGCAUGCUGGAUGAGGAGAGCCUGACUGUGUGUGAAGAUGGCUGCAGGAACAAGCUGCACCACCAUUGCAUGUCCAUCUGGGCGGAAGAGUGUAGAAGAAAUAGAGAGCCUUUAAUAUGUCCCCUUUGUAGAUCUAAGUGGAGAUCCCAUGACUUCUACAGCCAUGAGUUAUCAAGCCCCGUGGAGUCCCCCACCUCCCUGCGAGCUGUCCAGCAGCCAUCCUCCCCACAGCAGCCCGUGGCCGGAUCACAGCGAAGGAAUCAGGAGAGCAGUUUUAACCUUACUCAUUUUGGAACCCAGCAGAUUCCUUCCGCUUACAAAGAUUUGGCCGAGCCAUGGAUUCAGGUGUUUGGAAUGGAACUCGUUGGCUGCUUAUUCUCUAGAAACUGGAACGUAAGGGAAAUGGCCCUUAGGCGUCUUUCCCACGACGUUAGUGGGGCCCUGUUGUUGGCAAACGGGGAGAGCACUGGAAACUCUGGAGGCGGCAGUGGGGGCAGCUUAAGCGCGGGAGCGGCCAGCGGGUCCUCCCAGCCCAGCAUCUCAGGGGAUGUGGUGGAGGCGUGCUGCAGUGUCCUGUCUAUAGUCUGCGCUGACCCUGUCUACAAAGUGUACGUUGCUGCUUUAAAAACAUUGAGAGCCAUGCUGGUAUACACUCCUUGCCACAGUCUGGCAGAAAGAAUCAAACUUCAGAGACUCCUCCGGCCAGUUGUAGACACUAUCCUUGUCAAGUGUGCAGAUGCCAACAGCCGCACGAGUCAGCUGUCCAUAUCUACAGUGCUGGAACUCUGCAAGGGCCAAGCAGGAGAGCUGGCGGUUGGGAGAGAAAUACUUAAAGCUGGGUCCAUCGGGGUUGGUGGUGUCGAUUACGUCUUAAGUUGUAUCCUUGGAAACCAAGCUGAAUCAAACAACUGGCAAGAACUGCUGGGUCGCCUCUGUCUUAUAGACAGGUUGCUGUUGGAAUUUCCUGCUGAAUUCUAUCCUCAUAUUGUCAGUACUGAUGUCUCACAAGCUGAGCCUGUUGAAAUCAGGUACAAGAAGCUGCUCUCCCUCUUAACCUUUGCCUUGCAAUCCAUUGACAAUUCCCACUCGAUGGUUGGCAAGCUCUCUCGGAGGAUAUAUCUGAGCUCUGCCAGGAUGGUGACCGCAGUGCCCGCUGUGUUUUCCAAGCUGGUAACCAUGCUUAAUGCUUCUGGCUCCACCCACUUCACCAGGAUGCGCCGGCGUCUGAUGGCUAUCGCGGAUGAGGUAGAAAUUGCCGAGGUCAUCCAGCUGGGUGUGGAGGACACUGUGGAUGGGCAUCAGGACAGCUUACAGGUGCUGGCCCCCGCCAGCUGUCUAGAAAACAGCUCCCUUGAGCACACAGUCCAUAGAGAGAAAACUGGAAAAGGACUAAGUGCUACGAGACUGAGUGCCAGCUCGGAGGACAUUUCUGACAGACUGGCCGGCGUCUCUGUAGGACUUCCCAGCUCAACAACAACAGAACAACCAAAGCCAGCGGUUCAAACAAAAGGCAGACCCCACAGUCAGUGUUUGAACUCCUCCCCUUUGUCUCAUGCUCAAUUAAUGUUCCCAGCACCAUCAGCCCCUUGUUCCUCUGCCCCGUCUGUCCCAGAUAUUUCUAAGCACAGACCCCAGGCAUUUGUUCCCUGCAAAAUACCUUCCGCAUCUCCUCAGACACAGCGCAAGUUCUCUCUACAAUUCCAGAGGAACUGCUCUGAACACCGAGACUCAGACCAGCUCUCCCCAGUCUUCACUCAGUCAAGGCCCCCACCCUCCAGUAACAUACACAGGCCAAAGCCAUCCCGACCCGUUCCGGGCAGUACAAGCAAACUAGGGGACGCCACAAAAAGUAGCAUGACACUUGAUCUGGGCAGUGCUUCCAGGUGUGACGACAGCUUUGGCGGCGGCGGCAACAGUGGCAACGCCGUCAUACCCAGCGAAGAGACAGUGUUCACGCCGGUGGAGGACAAGUGCAGGUUAGAUGUGAACACCGAGCUCAACUCCAGCAUCGAGGACCUUCUUGAAGCAUCCAUGCCUUCAAGUGACACGACAGUCACUUUCAAGUCCGAAGUCGCCGUCCUCUCUCCGGAAAAGGCCGAAAAUGACGACACCUACAAAGACGACGUCAAUCAUAAUCAAAAGUGCAAAGAAAAGAUGGAAGCUGAAGAGGAGGAGGCUUUAGCGAUCGCCAUGGCGAUGUCAGCGUCUCAGGAUGCCCUCCCCAUCGUCCCUCAGCUGCAGGUGGAAAAUGGAGAAGAUAUUAUCAUCAUUCAGCAGGACACACCAGAAACUCUUCCAGGACAUACCAAAGCGAAACAGCCUUACAGAGAAGACGCUGAGUGGCUGAAAGGCCAGCAGAUAGGCCUCGGAGCAUUUUCUUCCUGUUACCAAGCACAGGAUGUGGGGACUGGGACUUUAAUGGCUGUGAAACAGGUGACGUACGUCAGAAACACAUCCUCCGAGCAGGAGGAGGUGGUGGAAGCGUUGAGGGAAGAGAUCCGGAUGAUGGGUCACCUCAACCAUCCAAACAUCAUCCGGAUGCUGGGGGCCACGUGCGAGAAGAGCAACUACAACCUCUUCAUUGAGUGGAUGGCGGGAGGAUCUGUGGCUCACCUCUUGAGUAAAUACGGAGCUUUCAAGGAGUCAGUCGUCAUUAACUACACUGAGCAGUUACUCCGUGGCCUUUCCUAUCUCCACGAGAACCAGAUCAUUCACAGAGACGUCAAAGGUGCCAACCUGCUCAUUGACAGCACCGGUCAGAGGCUGAGAAUUGCAGACUUUGGAGCUGCUGCCAGGUUGGCAUCAAAAGGAACCGGUGCAGGAGAGUUCCAGGGACAGUUACUGGGGACAAUUGCAUUCAUGGCGCCUGAGGUCCUAAGAGGUCAGCAGUAUGGUAGGAGCUGUGAUGUAUGGAGUGUUGGCUGCGCCAUUAUAGAAAUGGCUUGUGCAAAACCACCUUGGAAUGCAGAAAAACACUCCAAUCAUCUCGCCUUGAUAUUUAAGAUUGCUAGCGCAACUACUGCACCGUCCAUCCCGUCACACCUGUCCCCGGGUCUGCGCGACGUGGCGCUGCGCUGCUUAGAACUUCAGCCUCAGGACCGGCCUCCGUCCAGAGAGCUGCUGAAACAUCCGGUCUUCCGUACCACGUGGUAGUUAAUUGUUCAGAUCAGCUCUAAUGGAGACAGGAUAUGCAACGCGGAGAGAGAAAAGAGAACUUGUGGGCGACCAUGCCGCUAACCCGCAGGCCCUCACGCCACUGAACAGCCAGAAACGGGGCCAGCGGGGAACCGUACCUAAGCAUGUGAUUGACAAAUCAUGACCUGUACCUAAGCUCGAUAUGCAGACAUCUACAGCUCGUGCAGGAACUGCACACCGUGCCUUUCACAGGACUGGCUCUGGGGGACCAGGAAGGCGAUGGAGUUUGCAUGACUAAAGAACAGAAGCAUAAAUUUAUUUUUGGAGCACUUUUUCAGCAAUAUUAGCAGCUGAGGGCUCAGGAUCUAUUUUGAUGUGUCACUUCUUCCAUUUCACCUAGUGGUCACAGCAGGGGCUCUGCAAUUCCCUUUGGGUUAGGUUUUUGGGUUUUUUUUUUUUUUUUUUUUUUUUUUUUUUUGGUUUUUUUGGUUUUUUUGUCACUGGCUGUAAAAAAAAAAAAUCAUUGCCUGGUCAGAGUGUGUAUGAGAAGCAGUAAAUACAUGCGUUUUUAAAGUUAAUAACUUCUUUAUAACCCACAGCUGACCCCCCCCCCCCUUUUUUUAGCUCCUGGUUUAUUGUGGUUCACUGUGCAUUUUACUGUCGGCCCGUUCAUUUCGGUUUUUUUUUUUUUGGAAAAUAUGGUUCUGUAUUUUCACUUCACCUUCAUUCGUGUUGAAUAUUCAGGGAAAGGUGAUCUCUUCAAACCAGAAAAAAAGAAAUAGAAAUAGGUGUGAAGUAGUUCAUUAAGUCUGUGUCUAUCGCAAGAGCUCUGCUUUCUUCUCUCGGCAUGCUGUAAAGAACUCGCUACAUCGACUCAGUCUCUGCCCUCACUGUGCGGGUUAAGCAGAAACUCACUUAGGAGUCUGCUGUUCUCGGAUGCAGCUUACAAGGCAGGGCAAGAUUGCCUGAAGGUUGGGUGAAUUAUUUCAUAUUAUUUUGCUAGCCUAUAGGCAGUUCACACCAUUGAAAUCUUUCUCUCUGUCACGACCCAUCACUCACCCCGCUGAUCAUUACAUAACUACUGUUUUCCUUCUGCCGUGCACGAUAUCUUUAUACGAGACUGGGCUGAUAAACUCACUCAUCUACCGAUCGAUCAGUAGCGUUUUUAAACAAAUACUAAAUUUGCUCUGCAUUUAGAAACUGCUCAGAAAGAAAAGUGAGGUUGAGUUUCAUUUACACACGAAUUCCUGGCAUUUGCACAGCUAUUUGUCCUGGCCUCAAGUUGAAUUCAGAUGCAUGGAAUCAGGAAGGAAAAAAACGGUAGCCCUUUGUAUGUGUGUCUUCUAAAUCAAGUACUGGUUAGCUAUUAAAUGUAACUUUGAGAUGUUAAGUUUUAACUCUUCAGAAGCCAGUGUGAAAUAGAAUUGGUUAUUCUCAAAGACUCAGGAUAAACUAAAUAAGCUAUAUAUAUAUAUAUAUAUAUAUGAAGUACAUUUGGAAUGUACAACACAAAUUGGAAGUAAAAUAAGUUCCAAGAUAAGUUUACAGGGAUAUAUUGCAAAUAAUUUUCAAAGGCAGUUUUAUGUGAAUGUGCUUCUUAGUGAAAUUUUACAUUCCUUUGUUUUGAAAGAUUGGCAAUAUUUGAAGAGUUAAAAAUAAUACAGAAAUGUGAAGUUUGGUAAUGCUAAAUGUAUUGUACUUGACUUUUUUCUUUUUACUUUUUACUUUUUGACUACUUAGAAUUUUCACAAUUCUAAUAAGAUUGUUUCCAAGUCUCUCAUGUGCAAGCUUUAAAGGACGCACUCUUGCCAUUUACCGUACUGGAAGAUCAUUCGGUCAGAUUAGCACUGUGUCUGACAGAGAUAUAAACUGUAGAAACUGAGGGACCUCAGCUAAUCAGUAUUACCAUGUAGAUCAACAUGCCCGCCACAUUUCAAACUCAGACUGUCCCCAGAUGUCAAGAUCCACUGUGUUUGAGUUUGUUUGCAGUUCCCUCAGCUUGCUGGUAAUUGUGGUGUUUUGUUUUCGAUGCAAAUGUGAUGUAAUAUUCUUAUUUUCUUUGGAUCAAAGCUGGACUGAAAAUUGUACUGUGUAAUUAUUUUUGUGUUUUUAAUGUUAUUUGGUACUCGAAUUGUAAAUAACGUCUACUGCUGUUUAUUCCAGUUUCUACUACCUCAGGUGUCCUAUAGAUUUUUCUUCUACCAAAGUUCACUCUCAGAAUGAAAUUCUACGUGCUGUGUGACUAUGACUCCUAAGACUUCCAGGGCUUAAGGGCUAACUCCUAUUAGCACCUUACUAUGUAAGCAAAUGCUACAAAAAAAAAAAAAACUCUGGGUUAAAAAAAUUUGGCUUAAAUGUAUCCUUUGUUAUUUUAAAUAUAUCAAGAUAUUUUAAUUAAAAUUUUUACCCCUUUGAACCAAUUUUAUAGUAUUUGUACCUAUUUUGGUGUUUUGUCUUUAUAGUAAAUAAAAGUUUUUGAACAAAAGUUAA